AAGUGAUUUACAAACACUUUGCGAAUCGGUUCUUCAGAAUAAUUCAAAAGAACAAUUCGUUCAUCACUAGUUGUAUUGUCGAAGGCAGAUAAACAAGCGCUCUGAGGAUGUGCUUUCUGGGAAGUGGGCGGAAUUUGUGGUGUGAGUACGCAGGUGUUGAGAAACUAACUUCCAAACAGUAUGUGCUUCGACUGCUACAGCUCGUGUGCUCUACACGGAUAUUAGAGAGGUAUCGAAAUUCAAUAAUUCACGCGACUAUAUCUGCUGAUCAGAUUGCUGACUGGGGAUAUGGAAUGGCUGCAGCUCUUUUGUAUUAGGCACAAGAAUGAUGCCUUCUUCGCAGUGCUUGCAAUAUAGGUAUAUUUCUCCAUUUGGCCACUACAGUUUACAAUCCCUCAACUUUCCAGAAGAGAACGACAAGACUAUGGAGAAAAUCAUUACUGAGGACUCCAUCUGUGGCUCAAACUCCACCGAUUCCCAGCUCUCUCACACCGACUGUUGCAUGUCUGGAAAUGAGUCCUCUUUGAGCACACAGGCUGACUUCAGGGAUAUCUGCAGAGACAGAAAGACCAACUACAGAUCCACACAGACCAGCUACAGCCCUUACCAGCCCCCGCUAGGUCUACCUUCCGGUUACAAUCCCCAGACGCCCUUUCCCAGUCAGACGGAAGUAUGUCUGAGCACCCUAGAGCCACACAACAGGGACCUGCUCCACUUGAGUUCCAUUGGCAGCAGCUCGGUGGAAUAUCCCAGUGGCAACCUUCCCUCUUGCUUAGUGUCUGAAAAUUACUGCAGUUAUCCUGGGGAUUCCAGCUACUCUUGCUCUCCAGACAGGCACAGUCUGGGAGAAGGAAGUCUGGAACAGCCGCAUUCACUGCGCUCUAUCCCAACUGCGUAUGCGCCUCACAGCUACUGCAUGCCUCCGCACCCCUGCAUGUCCCGUGGGCCGCCCUGCUGUAGUCAAUACCCUGUGGAUGUGUAUCAAAUGGAUCAAGGCUCUCAUUACAGGCCACAUUACCACAUGCCCUGUUGGCCUUCACGCCCUGAAAACAGCAGACAAUCAGCCUCAGAGUUCACAUACAGUGGCCACACCUCUCCUCACCCGCGAGCUAAACUAACCCCAAGCACAGCCCCUCUAUCCCUGGAGCAGAGGAAGGUCUUUGUUACAUAUGAAGCAGACAGUGAAAAACAUGUCAAAGAGAUCAUCAACUUUGUCGCCCUACUGAGACACAACGGUUUCUACACUCACAUUGACAUGUUUGAACAACAGUUCAAGAGCAUAAGCAAGAUCGACUUCAUGGAGAGAUACAUCAGCGAAAAAGACUAUCUGAUCAUCAUAGUCAUUAGUCCAAAGUACCACGAGAUUGUGACCAAUGCCUCGUUUUUCAUGGAAAAUGAUGAAACUCUCAACACUGUCUACAUACACAAGCAGUUACAAAACGAGUUCAUUCAGAACGGUGCCAGGAAUUACAGAUUCAUCCCCAUCUUGUUUCCCGGUGCCAAGAAGUGCCAUGUACCGUCAUGGCUUCAGAGCACACAAAUCUUCACCUGGCCCAGAGACCGUGAUGACAUUCUUCGUCGACUCAUGCGUGUUGAGAAGUACAACCCUCCACCCAUAGGAGAGCUGCCCACCAUUGUCUCCAUCCCAAUUUAGUUGGCUAGGUUUGUUUUUGUAUGUAGACCCAUGAUAUGCCAGUUGUAAACAGGCCUGGUAUCCGUUUUAAAUUAAUUUACCCCUCUGAGCAGCUAGAUGAGUGUUUAGUAUGGUAAAAUCCCUGAAGCUACAGUUAUUUGAUGUAAUCUUUAUAGAAACCUCAUGUCAUAAUUAAUAUUUCACAACUCAUCAAUGAUGAAUAAG